AUGAAGGUCUGGAAAAUUGAUUGGGAACGGGAAAUUAACACAGUUAUCGUUAUGAACGCCUACAACUCCCAGCUUAACUGCCUCCGUGAUGAGGAUAUUAAAAUACUCAGCACUAACACGACCGUUAAGCUAUUGAAUGCGGACAGCUCUAGCUCACCUUCCAAGCGAGCCAACAAUGAAUUGCUUUUAAUCCGCUGCCUAUCGGAGAGAUUUUCUGCUGAGCUUUUGGAAGCAAUGCUCAAUCUCCUUCAAAAUAGGCGAAAUGUUCGAAUGCUUUUCAUUUGGAAUGAGGAAUAUACCGCGGCAACGAGUAGGAAGCGUAUACAGUUGCAGAAACAGCAACAACUGCUCUUCGAAUAUUGCGCUGAGUAUAUGCGUUUGCUCAAUGUAAUCGCCAUUUAUCGGGACUACUUGAAGGACGGACACUUCUACACGUUCAGCUAUUUUCCGGAGUUUCAUCUUGAACGUAAAACAAUGGACGAGGAUUGCUUCCCAAAUCGCAUCAGCGACUUAAAAGGCAUUGCUUUACGAACUCUGCCCGAUCAGUUGGAGCCUUGGACUAUUGUGUGGCGUGAUCGGAAGGAUAAUAACGCCGCACUUUAUUAUCCCUUGCCUGUGGAAACAGAUAUCUUUAUAGAAUUUGGAACUUGGGUUCCCCUUUUACAAAAUGAUACAAUUGAUGUAGUUAGUGGAUUCGCGAUUGCGGGCGAAUUAAACAGCUUUAUAGACAUAAGCACAGCUGUACAGUCAGUGGAUUGGACAAUUAUGCUGCCUAUGCCAUCACGAAUAUCCGACAGCGAAAUCUUUGUGUUCCUUCUCAAUUCAGUGUUGGGUCUAUUAUUGCUCAGCCUACUCUUUAUAUUUUCUUCUGUCUUCACCAUUGAGAGUUUGAUUUUGCAACGCCGAACGUCAACCGAAAGUUUUCUCUUCUUCCUUUGGACACUCAUCAACGUAGUGCUUCGAGGGAUAAUUGGCCAACCGUCGUACGUUCGAGUAGGGCUUUCAGCGAGAUUCUUGAAACGCUUCUUAUAUAUAAUACUCUUCUUAAGUGGAAUUUUUAUGAUAUCUGCAAGUCUUCAAUCAUAUCUGACUAGCAGUCUUCGCUAUCCGCGUAUAAAGCAUUUCGCAGAGCUGUACCACUCGGGAAUAAAAGUAAAAAUAAGCAAAUAUGAGUAUAGCUUGCUUCCCAGAUAUUUCCCCCCGGCAUAUCUUAAAGUGUUAGAUGACAUACUGGACACUGUGCCUUCAUUUGAAGAAAUCCAAUGUUAA